AAUGUGGUUUAAAAAACCCGCGAAGAAGAGCGUCAGCCGGAAACAUGGCGGAAACAGAGCAGCAGUCAGGAUCUGCUCCUGAGGAUGAAGCAGUCGAAGACACCGCUUGUGACGCCUACAUGAUACCCAAGAAAGAAAUCAGCAUGGUGCCUGACAUGGGGAAGUGGAAGAGAUCUCAGGCGUACGCUGACUACAUGGGCUUCAUUCUGACGCUGAACGAAGGUGUGAAGGGGAAGAAGCUCACGUGUGAAUAUAAAGUGUCAGAGACGAUAGAAAAGUUACUUGAUCUUUUGGAGACUCUGGAUCGAUGGAUAAACGAGACGCCUCCUGUGGACCAGCCGUCACGCUUUGGAAACAAGGCCUACAGAAGCUGGUACGCCAAGCUGGACCAGGAAGCAGACGCCUUGGUGGCAGCAAUCCUCCCCGCAGAGAAAUCUGCUGCAGCUCCGGAGAUCGCCGUCUACCUGAAGGAGUCUGUGGGGAACUCCACCAGGAUAGACUAUGGAACAGGUCAUGAAGCUGCUUUUGCUGCGUUCCUCUGCUGUCUCUGUAAGGUGGGAGCUCUCCGAAUAGACGAUCAGCUGGCUAUCGUUUUUAAAGUUUUUAACAGGUAUCUGUCAGUGAUGCGGAAGCUGCAGAGGACCUACAGGAUGGAACCUGCUGGAAGUCAAGGUGUGUGGGGACUGGACGACUUCCAGUUUCUGCCGUUUAUCUGGGGAAGCUCCCAGUUUGUAGAUCAUCCCACGGUGGAGCCUCGGCACUUUAUAGACGAGAGGGUGGUGAACGAGCAUCACCAGGACUACAUGUUCCUGGACUGCAUCAAGUUUAUCAACGAGAUGAAGACGGGUCCGUUUGCCGAGCACUCCAACCAGCUGUGGAACAUCAGCGCUGUCCCGUCCUGGUCCAAAGUCAACCAGGGUCUGAUCAGAAUGUACAAGGCGGAGUGUUUGGAGAAGUUCCCCGUGAUCCAGCACUUCAAAUUUGGUAGCCUGCUCUCCAUCCAGCCAACGAAGCCUUGACACCCAUGACCCACCCAUGACCCGCUCGCGAUGAUGAAAAGACCAAAAUCCCGACGACGGUUGGAACCAACAGUUUUCCCCUUCCUCUGACAUCCUCUCGUGCAAAUUCAACCGUAGCAGAAACCACCCACACGUAGUCCCUGACGCACACACACUCCCACAUGCACACACACAUGUGGUCUUCACAGCUUGUAGGUCCAUCCAUAACUGUAAUGCAGAGCAUGUCAUGGACAACCUUUGUGACCUUGGAGCAUCUCUAUAUUUUUGUCAGUAUAUUUAUAUAACAGAUAGAGUUUGAACCGGGCUCCUUUUUGAUGGAUGGACAGAUUAGAAGUGUGAUCAUUGAUGCUUGAACUUACCUCAAAAGUUUGGAUCCUGAGUGGCUGAGUGAGGUGAUACAUGACUGUUUGACUUCUUUAAGAUCUUUUGCCAUAGUUUCUUCCUCUUAGUUUUUUUUGUUUUUUGCUUCCAAUGCCAACUUGUGUUGUUGUAUUAACACCAGUAUUCAAAUGUUCCCCCUUCAGCCCAACAAACAGGAAGUGUUGGAUCUUCAAGGUUAGGUGAUGUACACUUUAUGUUUAUCCACCACAGUUUCAUUAAAAGUCACAUUAACGACUUGUGUCCAAUGAGGAUGUUUGUUGAGCUGGCAGCGCCCAACAUCUACGUUUCAGAGCACUUCUCAACAGCGCUCAUUGUUGCUAGGUUACGAAAGUGAAGUUAGUUUUAUUAGCUCUGUGUGCUUAAUGUAUUCCUUUAUUCAAGGAAAUAUCAUCCAAUGAAACAUGAAAACAAUGCAAAGGAAUUGUGUCCUGACGUUAGCAGCAUCUGAAGCCCCGUUUCCUCCAAGCGGUCCGGUUCAGUUCGGUCCGGUAAGGUACCCAUUUAUUGGAGUUUCCACCGCCAAAAGUUGGGAAUGGUACCAAAAUAAGGGAUGGAGUGGAGCCUUGCUCAGGUGCUCAGGAGGUGAUCUGGCACCUCUCCAGCUACCAGACCAACUUCCAUAUUCGGUCUGCACUGGGAUUUGAACCGGUGACCCUCCAGUUCCCAACCCAGGUCCCUACAGACUGAGCUACUGCUGCCCCAAUAAAUAGCUGCCCCAAUAAACAGCCGACUUUGAUCGCUAAAAACGCUGCCAGCGCAAAAAAACAUCCUUCGUGAACACGGGCCCUAAAAUCAACAAUCUCUGCUUGAAAUCUCUCUCAGAAGAUUUGGUUUCCCCCCCUCAAUCAGUCCAUGACAAUAUUCUACACCCACAUCAGGUUAGUAAAGUUAAAGUAAAUAUCAUAAAACCAAUCGACCAUACUUGCAGCUCUUUCCUCCAGAGUUCUCCACCCAGGUGAAAAAUUGUCGCUCGAGUGUUAAAUUCGGCUUCUGUUUCAGUCAGCAUCUUUCAAACAUCACGGCAUGUUGUGUUUUUAUUUUUUAUUUGAUUGAUUGAAGAAAUGCUAUUUUUGUGUUUUUAUGUUGACCUGUCAAACCUGAUUUAAUAAAUUUUCCCGUUUUCA